AUGUCCAGCGAGAAGCCCGCAAUCACUACAGACAUCAGCAACUAUGGUGAUACUGGCUAUGGAGACGACAGCCUGACCAUGAAAGCCCUGACUUGGCAAGGAAAGAAUCAGGUCAAGCUUGUGGAGACAGCCCGACCAACUAUCGUUGAUGACGAGGAUGUUAUCCUGAAGAUAACAGGAAGUACGAUCUGUGGCAGUGAUCUCCAUCUCCUUCAUUCGGCCAUCCCUGAACUGCACAAAGGCGACAUUUUAGGGCAUGAGUUUUGCGGGAUCGUAGAGAAAAUCGGACCCAAGGUCAAGAAGCGCAAGAUUGGCGAGCGAGCUGUGGCUUCUUUCCAGAUCGCGUGCGGGAAGUGCUAUUACUGCGAAAAGAAAUUGUCGUCGUUGUGUGAAAGAACGAAUGGAAGCGCCACCGCAAAAUCACUUUAUGGACGCCGAACCGCAGGUAUGUUUGGAUACUCGCACUUCACCGGGGGGUUUGCAGGGGGGCAAGCUGAAUUUGUGCGGGUUCCGUUUGGGGAUGUGAAUCUACUGCCGUUGCCAGACAAUGUCCCCGAUGAACAGGGCCUCUAUCUAUCUGACGUGUUGGGCACGUCGUGGAAUGCUGUUGUUGACACAGGCGUUAAACAGGGGGACACGGUUGCCAUAUGGGGAGCAGGCCCAAUUGGGCAGAUGGCAGCUGAGUUUGCCGUCGUGAAUGGAGCAAGCCGAAUCAUCAUGAUUGACGGCGGAGAUGGAAGAUGGCGGCUGGAUUUCAUGAAGACGAAGGUUCAGAACCUGGAGACCAUUGACUUUACCAGACUUCCACGCGGCGAAACAGUGGUGACUAUGUUGAAAAAGUUGUGCGAUGGGCGCGGUCCAGACAUCGCCAUUGAGUGUGCCGCUGGCGAGUACGCAAAAGGGUUCGGCCACGCCAUCCAGAGAUCGUUGGGCAUGGAAAACGACACGUCGGAACUCCUGAACGAGAUGAUUGAAUCGGUCAGGGGAUUCGGGUCUUGUGGAGUGACUGGCGUGUAUACCGGCUACUGCAACCACUUCAAUAUCGGGUCCCUGAUGGAGACGGGGAUUCACCUGAACGGAAAUGGCCAGGCACCUGUGCAGAAGUACUGGGAGGAGCUACUUCGCCUGAUACAGCAAGGCAAAAUCUCUCCUUGUGAUAUGGUCACCCAUCGCUUUGAUCUCAGCGAUAUGGAGAAGGUCUAUGAGCUAUUUAACAAUCGUGCAGAUGGCAUGCAGAAGGUCUUCGUCCAGACAAGCUUCUCGGCGCCCAGACAUCCCUCGUCUCCCGCGCUGACAGUGUUGUGA